AUUUUAACAAGUGAUUCAAUUGGUAUAGUUUCCUAAUUAUUUGCUUUUCACCUGUUUAUAAUUAACAUAACAUGGCCAUUGGGGAUGUUACCCAAGGGGACCAACAUGGGGUUUUGAGAUCAACAUCUGAGGCACCACCUGCUCACUACAUUCUCAACAUUCAACAAUUUUCUUCGUUGACAAAACACGACGUUGGAAGAUACGAAUCAAGCGAAUUUGAAGCUGGAGGCUACAAAUGGAAGUUGGUGGUUCACCCAAAUGGCAACAAGAGUAAGAAAGUUGGAGAAUUCUUGUCAGUAUACUUGGCCAUGGCAGAGCCAACUUCACUGCCACCAGGUUGGGAGGUGUAUGCCACUUUCAGGAUCUUUCUACUUGAUCAAAACAAUGAUAACUACUUGAAACUUGAAGAUGCAAUGAGCAAAGGAAGACGGUUUCAUCGAUUGAGAACUGAAUGGGGGUUUGAUCGGUUCAUCGAUCUUAAAGAAUUUAGCGACUCUAGCAACGGUUAUCUUCUUGAAGACGAUUGUGUGUUCGGCGCAGAAGUGUUCGUCUGUAAAGAGAGAAGUAAAGGGAAAACGGAGUGUUUGUCGAUGGUAAAGGACGCAGUUGCUUUCAAAAAUACUUGGAAAAUCAGCAGCUACACGAAAAUUAUGAAUACAGACUCUGAAAGUUCCAACAUAUUCAUUGUGGGGGGUGAUCACAAAUGGAAGAUAAAGCUAUAUCCUAAUGGAAAAAAAAAUAUUGGCAACUACAUAACGCUGAAUUUGGCUUUGGCUGAUCCUGCAAGUCUCCCAUCUGGAACCAAGAUACUUGUAGAGUUUACACUUCGUAUGUUAGAUCAGCUGGAUACAAGGCAUUACUAUGGCAAAGCUAGUUAUUGGUUCAGUGCUUCAAAACCGGAAUGGGGUUGGAACAGGUUCAUUACACAUGGUACCUUCUUUCAGACUAAUAGAGGGUUGUUGUAUAGAGAUGUUUGUUCUAUAGAGGCAGAGGUUGCCAUCCAUGGAGAGACGACCGUCUACGGAUAACUUCGGUUGU